AGCAUCUUAACUCCUCACAGCUGAGAGUCAGGCAGUAACAGGUGGCCGUCUGUUCAGCUACUGCUUCAGUUUCUCUCGCUCCAGUCCUGCUUUACUUUCUGCUUCACUUCUGGAUAGUUCUGUUGUUCUGAAGCUGCCUCACGGUCCGGUGCGCUAAAAACACCCCCGUGCCCGGGCUGUCAGGCUGCCAGGCUGUCAGGGGGGGGCAGAGGAAGAGGAAGAGGGGGCUGCUGGGAAAUAGAAGAAGUAGUGCCGGCUGCAGAGGACAGGGAAGAAUGGGAGCUUCUUAUGGAAAGAAGAAGGCGUACAGUAUCGACCACGAGCCUCCAGCGAAGCAGCACUGUGUGAAGAAAGGGAAGCACCCAAGCGGCAGAGCCUCUGCAUAUGCAGACCUGCAGCAGCACCGGUCUGAGGGCGGCGUCCACAGGAAAGCGUCCCCGGCGACCUGCUCCGUCCCGCAGCUGGGCUACCUGCAGGAAGACGAGGACGAUGACAUCAUCAAACCCAAAAAGCUGGUGAACCCGGUGAAAGCUUCCAAGAGUCACCAGGAGCUGCACCGGGAGCUGAUGACCAGCUGCAAACGAGGUGGUGGAAGCGUGGAGAUGAAGCCGGAGCUGCAGAGAGUUCUGGAGUCGAGGAAAAGAGAUCAGCUGAUCAAACAGAGGAAACAGGAAGAGGAAGCUCGCAGGAAGAUUUCUCCUCUGGAGGCCGAGCUGCAGAAGAGACACCAGAAACUGGACGAGUUGGACAAAGAGCAGCAGAAGCAGCGGGAGGAAAACCUGAAAGCUCCGGAGUUCGUCAAAGUGAAGAAGAACCUUCGCCGGACGUCGUUUCCUAAAGAGGAGAAGGAGGUGUAGAGAGGAGAUGAGGUUACACUCUGAGGACACUUCAGAGGAAACACCUGCAGGACAUUACGGGAUGGGUUCCCUGACUCUGGACUACUUCCUGCGUAACUGCACAAUCUAAAAUAAAUUAAAAAGGUAGUUAUUUAAAACUCACUGAAUCAAAGCAAAGAUUUUGUGUUUCCACUCUGAGAAAACUGUGACGUCUCUCAGGAGACUCAUUCAGAGGAAACACACCCGCGGGAUAUUAUGGGAUGGAUUACCUGACUCUGGAUGAAACGUUAUCUUCUGUGUCCAAAGUGCCGUCACGAUACUCAAGUUCACAUUUCACAACGACGGGUCAAAUUCCCGGAAAUGUUCUUAACGCGGCCCUUUUACCCAGAAUGCAUUGGUUGGUAAGUUGUCAGUCUAUAUCAACGACGUUCCACUUCCAGGAUUGUUCCGGUGCCACCGGAUGUCCGUCCCCUUCCUCUGUCUUUGUGUUGGCGUUCUAACCUCUGGUGGAUUUGUGAGGACUAUGGUUAACUG